AGGCGGGAUGCAAAGUCGGAAUUCCCGAGCUUCCCAAGUUUGGACACGAAAGGAUCUUAGGAAAGAAUACGGACGAAGGAGAGAAGGAAUAACCCAAAUUCAGAUUUAACAGACAGCCACACGGCAGUGAUGUCGGAUAACAGCACCGGCAGCAGCGGGUCUUCCAUUAACAGCUGGACUCUUCUUUCUCCUGAGGAGGCUGCCAUUGACACUGCUGGACCAGUAGAUGAUGGAACUGAGAGUAUUGGUGAUGUACCAAGCAUUACUGAGGAAGUUGCAGAAGGCACUUUCGAGGUGAAGCCGAGUGAAAGCGAAGCUCCACAGGAGACCGUCUUGUCAGAAGAGGGCCACCAGGUGUGCCAAGGAACCUCCCCAGAACUGUUUGGUGAGGGAGCGGCGUCCGGUCCGAGUGCUGAGGACGAUCCUGAGAUUUGCGCACCAGUCAUCCACGCUACUAUCACAACCUCUCCACCAGACAAUGAUCUGCUUGGGGCAGUUCCCUUCAGCAUAGCUACAGAGUCAUCCCUCUUUCUUUCACAGGAGCCUUUCCUUGAAGCAUACUAUGAAGAGGCUUGUCUCAUUCCUGAAGCUGUGGCUGAAGAAACACCUGAGUGUGUAACAAAUAUUGGCCCUGCAUCAAAACCUACAGCUGAAAUUGGUCCUGCCUUUCAGCCUUUAUCUGAUAUCGGACCUGCCUCAGCACCAGUAGCUGAAAUUGGCCCUGCAUCAGCAUCUGGAACUGAAAUUUUCCCGAUUUCAGAACCUAUUCAGGAAAUUGGUCCUGCCUCAGAACCUGUAACUGAAAUUGACCCUGUUGUAAAACCUACAAUUAUAACUGAUCCUUCCUCAGCACCAAUAGCUGAAAUGUUUCCUGUUCCAGAACCUAUAGAUGAAACUGAUCCUGCUUUAGAACCCAAAUUUAAAAUAAGCCCCUCCCCUGAGCCCCCACGGUCUUCUUUUCCUGAUGUUACUGCAGAUGUUUUGGACAUUAGUCACACCUCUGCAAUCCCUGGGUUGGAUAUUCGCCCUGAUAUCUCAUCUUCCAGUCUGUCUUCAGAGAUUACUCAUAGCCCAGCAGCUGAGAACCCUUACCCAGAAACCCCUGCUUCCUCAGUCUUAGAAGAGAAAGACCUUGUAACUGAUCGAGAUGAACAUAAAUCCACAUACGUUGCAAGGCAGGCAGAACCUGUUGGUACCGAUGAGCCGAUUGAACACGGAGGAGAGGACAGUGGAAUGCGGCAGCGACGUGUGCACCACCCUGAGGAGCCGAGACAGAGCUCGGAUGAGGAAGAUGUGGAGGAAAUGGAGUUUAGGCUUCCCGAAAGGAAAGAAGAGAAACCUGGUUUAUCGAUGAAUCACCUGAUCAUAGGAGCUCUGGCUUUGUUGUGUCUAGGCGCCUUUUUGAUCUCUGGUACCUUUUUCGACCAAGCCGGCGAUGACUUUGAUGGCACAGAGUUAAGUGACCAGGAACUCCUUGAAAAACUCGUUGAAGAAAACAAGCAGAUUUCCAUACUGGAAGCCCAAAUACAGGCACAAAAGGAAGAACUGGACCGGGCGUUGAGGGCAGCUGCAGAGAAGGGUAUCACCGACAAAGAGCAUGCCAGGAUGAAAGAAGAAUUGUCUGCAUUACCAGGCCUAAAAGAAGAAUUACAGGCACUUAAAGCUAGGGUCUCUGAGCUCACCCAGCUCACAGCUGGAGAAGGUCAAAGUCCAGCAGGGCCUGCCAGACUGUGGGGAAAUAACGAUGAGCUCAAAAGACAAAAGCUUCUCUUGGAACAUAGUAAAACACGAUUGGAAACGAUGAAAAAACAGGACUGGCCUAAGAAAUGGUUAGGAGAAAGGCUGGUUGAGAUGCAGCAGAGGUUAUCAGACCAGGUGGACCACAUAAGCAAGAAAGAUGAAUGGAGGAGGAAGCACAAAGGAGCGGAAACUAGGGAAAAAGGCUGGAGUGACGGUGUCCAAAAGCACAAAGAGUUCUUGAAGAAAUACCGUGACGAGUGGGAGCAAACGAAGCCUGAGAGAAAGGUGGAAAGAGAGAGGAGAAAGCAGGAGAGAUCUUUGCAAGCCAGGUCAGACCACAAGCAGAAACAUGAUCAUAGAGCAGACCAGCAUUUUGAAUCAAAGGACUUCUGGAAACUUCAAGAGAAGAAGCUGAGGAAAAAACGAAAUCCCCCUAGACACUGCCAGGGCAUGUCCAGCUGUGCUGAUGCAGAGGGCCUUGUUCAUGUUAAGCUAUCCGCUUUUCAGGGCCUCCUGGAUACCUACCUGAACAAGUUGCAAGGGCUCGGUGCAGAGAAUAAGGAGGCUUUCCAUCGUCUCGUCGGCCAGUUUUUCCACAACGGCAUUUUUCGGCACAACAAAAUGCUUUUCAGCGAGUUCGCAAAAAACAUGGCCGACAUCUUGGAGGACCUUGCGGAUCUUCUAAUGGACGAUGAUGUGCUGGAAGAGGAGAUGGAAGAGUUUGAAAGGGAGGUCCUGUGGCACUUUGCAAUAUAGUGUGAAGGAGUCACGUGACCUAAAUGAAAGAUACCACAUAAUGCUGAGCAAUGCUCUCACUAUACAAGGUGGUAGCAAAACGUUUCGAGACUCUGUUUACAAAAAAAUACUUUAUUUAUCUAUGUUUUCACACUAUCAUCUUCAAAAUAUCCCCUUGCACAGGAAUACAGCGCUCCCAGCGUUCCUGCCACUUCUGCAAUAUGUCCUGGAAGUCUUCAUUUCGAAGCGUGUCCGCAAUGGUGUCAACACUGCGACCUUUGAGCAGGUGUGAAAGUUAGAUCAUGUUGUUUCCAGCGAGAAACUCGCGUGUGAGGAGAGCUGAGUGUCAGAAUGCAUUGUCGUUUGUUCUAACUUGCCGUCCAUGAUGAAAUCGCGGACAUGGUAACGCACCUGUUCAGAAUAGCACCAGUUGCACAGCUCCCGAUGUACACAGGAAGAUGUCUUUUAGCACACUGACUUAUGAAGGUCGGUGCUCCCUGUGACUGUGCGUGCAGCCUUGUGCUGCCAUCUGUUGGCCUGUUACAAAACUAGUCUCGAAACUGUUUGAUACCACCUCGUACAUACGGUUCUUUUCCCUAAUCUGCCAGGAGGAGUGUGCUUCUGAGAAAAAAAAAAACAUGACCGAUACAAAAUAAAUAAACCGUUUUUUCCCUCAAGCUACGUGUACUAACUGCAGUAAGCUUGUAGUGUUUGUAAAAAGUGUGUUUCUGGAGUCAUUUCAGGAAAAGUCUGCCGUGUGUUUAGUGUAUUGCACUACCUCUCGAUUCUUGCUUAUUCUGUAAAGCAGUAGUUAACGGUAAAGUGUUGCAAAUAAAAUCGAAUCAUCUUCAGGACAUAACGGUUUUGUUACGUUGCCCGGGGCUGCAUUAUUAAACAUAGGAAGGUGAAGGGAAUUUGCUUCGGGCAACCUUUAUACCUGUUUACCCCUCAUACCAUGUAGUAUCCCAGACUGCUCAAGUGUCAAAACUGUUUGCUGUCUCAUGUCCAUAUGACCUUGUGAAAAGGUUUCAAGCUCUGUUGUGAACUGUUCACAAAUAUGUUGCAUGCUUGCACUUUUGAUUGAUGAGCCGAUUACGUGUAACCUGGUAACCUUCACUAAACCUCCGUGCUGCGUCUUACAGAUAUGUACAAUGUGCCUUUAUUGUGGCUUAUUGCUUAAAUGUGAUUCUGAGAGUCGAAUUAAGUCUCCCAGGGAUCUUAAACAAGGGGGUUAUAUAUUAUAUAUUCGAUAAUCAUUUUGUCCAUUUUUGGUCCACUUUUUUUUUGCACUAUAUAAUUAUUAUAUUAUAAGCUGGACUUUUUUUUUUUUUUUUACAAAGCCAAAUUGUUUGAAUUGGACCAGUUUAGGACAAAAUCCCAUUAAACCUCCUUCAUGUCAAAAAAUUAAUUUAUGACCCUUCAAUGGCUGACCUCAACUCGGUCAAUGCAUUAGAGAUCAUUGAAAUGAAUGUAUAAAAUGAUUCAUAUUUUUCACCAGUGAAAAAAAUAAAAAAGAUUAUACAUUUGUACCAUUGCAUUGAAAAAAACUUAAUUAUUAAAUGCUUAUAGUUUGCUUAUGUUCUGUACAUGUUUAGAAUCUGCCCAUUAAAAAAAAGUGUCACUA